AUGUACUACUUCGACUACAACUACUACCACAUGUACUACUUCCACUACAGCUACUUCCACAUAUACUACUUCCACUACAGCUACUACCACAUGUACUACUUCCACUACAGCUACUACCACAUAUACUACUUCCACUACAGCUACUACCACAUGUACUACUUCCAGUUCAGCUACUACCACAUAUACUACUUCCACUACAACUACUACCACAUGUACUACUUCCACUACAACGACUACCACAUAUACUACUUCCACUACAACUACUACCACAUCUACUUCCACAUAUACUACUUCCACUACAGCUACUACCACAUGUACUACUUCCACUACAGCUACUACCACAUAUACUACUUCCACUACAGCUACUACCACAUGUACUACUUCCAGUUCAGCUACUACCACAUAUACUACUUCCACUACAACUACUACCACAUGUACUACUUCCACUACAACGACUACCACAUAUACUACUUCCACUACAACUACUACCACAUCUACUACCACAUAUACUACUUCCACUACAGCUACUACCACAUGUACUACUUCCACUACAGCUACUACCACAUAUACUACUUCGACUACAACUACUACCACAUAUACUACUUCGACUACAACUACUACCACAUCUGCUACUACCGUCCAAACUCUUACUACUUCAACUGCUACCACUACUACUGCCACUGCUACUGCUACUAG